AUGGCUUCUAAUCUGCCUGCUCAGCCAAAUAUCCGUCUCACGAUCAUCGCAGCAGACGGACUCUACCGACGUGAUGUUUUCCGUUUCCCGGACCCCUUCGCUGUGGCCACCGUGGGCGGCGAACAAACCCAUACCACCUCUGUGAUUAAGAAAACCCUGAACCCAUACUGGAACGAGGCAUUUGACUUGCGUGUCAACGAAGACAGCAUCCUCGCGAUUCAAAUUUUCGAUCAAAAGAAGUUCAAGAAGAAGGAUCAAGGGUUCCUUGGCGUGAUUAACGUGCGAAUCGGAGAUGUGAUCGAUCUUCAGAUGGGAGGGGAUGAGAUGCUCACCAGGGACCUCAAAAAAUCCAACGACAAUCUUGUCGUGCACGGAAAGCUCAUCAUCAACUUGUCGACCAACCUCGCCGCCGCAUCUCAACCAACCGGCCCCCAGCGUCAGCAAGCGCAGUCUUCUACAUCCAGCGGUCUCGUACCCCAAGUUGUGGCUUCGCCGACACCACAAGCUGCCAAUUCGGCCGCCGCCUCGAGCGCGUCACUCAACAAUCGUGCUUCAACGAGUCACCCUCCGCCAGGAGCUCCGAAUGGGUCCGCCCCACCCGGCGCCAACGUGCCGUCCCGCGCCAAUUUGAGCUCCUUUGAGGACAGCCAAGGUCGACUUCCUGCUGGCUGGGAACGUCGAGAGGACAACCUGGGUCGAACCUACUAUGUGGACCACAAUACCCGCACCACGACAUGGUCGAGACCAUCGGCAAACUACAAUGAGCACACCCAGCGUAGCCAGCGGGAGGCGAACAUGCAGCUCGAGCGCCGCGCCCACCAAAGCCGAAUGCUUCCCGAAGAUCGUACCGGUGCCAACUCCCCGAAUUUGACCGACAGUCAGCAGCCCACUACACCUCCAUCGGGAUCGGCUGCUGGGCCCUCCACUGCUGCCGCAGCGACUGCCGGUGGUGCUGGCUCACAUGCCAAUGCUGUUUCUAUGAUGGCAACCGGAGUGACCACGGCCGGCACGGGAGAACUUCCUCCUGGAUGGGAACAAAGGCAUACGCCAGAAGGCCGGGCUUACUUUGUAGAUCACAACACACGCACAACCACAUGGGUUGAUCCUCGCCGACAGCAGUACAUUCGAACCUACGGGCAGAAUCAGAACCAGGGGGGCAAUAACGCAACCUUCCAGCAACAACCUGUCUCCCAAUUGGGCCCUCUGCCCAGUGGGUGGGAAAUGCGUCUCACGCAUACUGCGCGUGUGUACUUCGUCGAUCAUAAUACCAAGACCACCACAUGGGACGACCCUCGCCUGCCUUCCUCAUUGGACCAGGGCGUGCCACAAUACAAGCGUGACUUCCGUCGCAAGCUGAUCUAUUUCCGAUCUCAGCCUGCACUUCGCAUCAUGUCUGGCCAAUGCCACGUCAAGGUGCGCCGCAACAAUAUUUUCGAAGAUUCCUACUCGGAAAUUAUGCGCCAGAGUGCGUCCGAUCUUAAGAAGCGUUUGAUGAUCAAGUUUGACGGUGAAGAUGGUCUCGAUUAUGGCGGUCUCUCUCGUGAAUUCUUCUUCCUCCUCUCACAUGAAAUGUUCAACCCUUUCUAUUGUCUAUUCGAAUACUCUGCACACGACAACUACACCUUGCAAAUCAACCCUCAUUCCGGCGUCAACCCCGAGCACCUCAAUUACUUCAAGUUCAUUGGACGUGUGGUCGGUCUUGCCAUCUUCCACCGUCGCUUCCUGGACUCGUUCUUCAUUGGUGCAUUCUACAAGAUGAUGCUGCGAAAGAAGGUCUCCCUGCAGGAUAUGGAAGGUGUCGAUGAGGACUUGCACCGAAAUCUGGCUUGGACUUUGGAUAAUGACAUUGAAGGAAUCAUCGAACUCACCUUUUCCGUGGAUGAUGAGAAGUUCGGCGAGCGAACCACUGUUGAUUUGAUCCCUGGUGGUCGGGACAUCCCCGUCACCAAUGAGAACAAGGCGCAGUAUAUUGAGUUGGUGACGGAGUGGAAGAUUAUGAAGCGAGUUGAGGAGCAGUUCAACGCUUUUAUGGUCGGUUUCAAUGAAUUGAUCCCUGCCGACCUCGUCAACGUCUUUGACGAGCGAGAACUCGAGCUGCUCAUUGGUGGUAUCGCCGACAUCGAUGUCGAUGAUUGGAAGAAGCACACCGAUUACCGCGGUUACCAGGAGCAGGACGAAGUGAUCCAGAACUUCUGGAAGGUUGUGCGCACUUGGGAUGCGGAACAAAAGUCACGUCUCCUGCAAUUCACAACCGGUACUUCGCGUAUCCCGGUCAACGGGUUCAAGGAUCUGCAGGGCUCGGAUGGCCCUCGACGAUUCACUAUUGAAAAGUCGGGCGAUCCUGCUGCUCUGCCCAAAUCACACACGUGCUUCAACCGUCUCGAUCUGCCUCCCUAUAAGACCUAUGAGGCACUGGAGCACAAGAUGUCUAUCGCUGUGGAGGAGACGCUCGGAUUUGGACAGGAAUAA